CGGUGCCGAAUCGAGCGCUCGGCGCUCACCGGAGGCGCCGCGGCGAUCGCGCCGUGACCCAGCGCGGCCAUGGCCGGCUUCAUCAACUUUGCGGACGAGGAGGAGGUGCGGGCGUACCUGGAGAACCUGCACGUGGAGUACAGCUACCAGUGCUUCAAGGAGAAGGACCCGGACGGCUGCCAGCGCUUCGCCGAUUACCUGGACGCCGUCAGGAAAGACUUCGUGGCGGCGGCGCGGGUGCUGCGCGACAACUGCGAGGUGCACGGGCACAGCGAGAGCUGCUACAAACUGGGGGCCUACCAGGCCCUCGGCAAAGGUGGACUCAGCCCAGAUUUGAAAGCUGCCUACAAAUCCUUCAUCAAGUCAUGUGAGAAAAAUGGGAAGAAGUCAGCAAAUGCAUGUCACAGUGCUGGGCUGCUGGCCCAGGACGGGAGAGCCAACAGUGAUCAGCCUGACCCUGUUGCUGCUAGAGACUAUUACACAAAAGCCUGUGAUAGCAAUUUUGCUCCCAGCUGCUUCAACCUGAGUGUGAUAUACCUGCAGGGAGCACCUGGGGUCCCCAAGGACAUGAGCAGUGCCUUGAAGUACUCGCUGAAGGGCUGUGAGCUGGGGCACGUGUGGGCUUGUGCCAACGCCAGCCGCAUGUACAAACUGGGAGAUGGCGUUGAGAAGAACGAUGCCAAGGCAGAGGAUCUGAAAAACAGGGCAAAACAAUUGCAUAAAGAGCAGAAAGAAGCUGCAAGUUCUCUAACAUUUGGGGAGUAAAACUGGCAGUUGCAGUUAUUAAGACUGGUUUUUAAAUGGCAAGGGAACUUGUUACUUAAAUUGUGAGCGUACAGUUUUCAUUUCAAUAAAUAUCUUGUAUUUGGAUAUGCAAAUAAAAUUGUAUUUAUAUGGAUACAACAAA